AUAAUGAAGAAAAAGAUUAAAGGGAGGGUCGGUAAAAGAUAUUUAAAGAGGUGUGUUAAGCAGAACAGCCUGUCAGAAUGUGAACCUCCCCUUUCAAGCCCUUACUCAUAUAUUGAAGACAAACUCCCACCCUCCCUUAUUCACUCACUCACUUCAGGCCAAUCCGUCCUCUGCCUGUCUCUUAGUCCCUCUCCUUCGCUCUCUCCCAGAGGCAGACAGAAGUCAGAGCUUUCUUUACUGACAAGUACCACAGCACUUACAGAGAUCAGAAAGAGAAAGAGAGAAACUUACAAACCAAAAAAAAAAAACUACACUGAAAAACUUUUUUUUUCUUUCUGCAGAGAAUCUUUUGAAGAGGAAAAAAAGUAUAGUUUUUUUUUUUUUUUUUAAGGAUACAAUUUUUUUCUCCCAAAAAAAAAAAAAAAAGAAUUGAAAGAAAAGAAUACAUAACUAGCAUAAUAAAGAGGAAAGAAUCAAUAAUCGGUUACCAGGAUGGCAGGGUGCUCACUGAACGGAUUUUUGCUGAUGCUCUGCUGGAUUGUUGUCAUGGGGUCUCCAACUCCUGGAUCAGUAACUGACUGUCCAUCAUGUUCGCUGGCUAAAUUCCACAAGGAUGCGCCCAGUACUGAAGAGGACAUGGUGGAAGCAGUCAAAAAGCACAUAUUGAAUAUGCUGCACUUAGGGGACAGACCCAAUAUCACGCAGACAGUGCCUAAAGCAGCUCUCCUAAAUGCUAUAAAAAAACUGCAUGUUGGAAAAGUGGGAGAGGAUGGCCAAGUUGAAAUAAAGGAUGACAUUACGGCAAUGAAUGACAUCUCUGAUCAAACUUCAGAAAUCAUCACUUUUGCUGAAUCAGGUGAGUGAUCUUAAUACUAAUAAAUGUGACCCUCUCACUUUACUCCUCUCUGGCUGCUUUUGACAAGUAAGGUAGUUACGUUAUCUAGUGACUUAAGCAUUCUGAUGCAUAAAAGCACUAACUGAACAAUAAUGUGUUUUUCAUUGAUUUAACCUUGGCUGCGAAAAGCUUGUUUACACUUGCUAAAUUCACAGAGAAUGAGUUAUCUUUCUGCAAUCUUUAACAAAGUACUAGUGUAUGUAAGGAAGAGGGGGAAGGGACUGGGUAUUCUCCAAACAGUACAAAAAGUCUGACUAAGAGUGUCAAAAUAAUAUAUUCACACCCUGGGGAUAUGUUUUCACCAUUAGGCAAACAAUCCUGAAAACUGUAAUUGUUGUUAUUGCUUGUAUAAACACAAACAUCUCAAGGAAAUAUAUUGACUGUAAUCUCCCCAGCGAGGCUAAUUCCAUUUUUUAUAUCAUUUCUGGAAUUUCAAUUCAGGAUUUAAAAUAUGUGAUUUAUAUGUAAUAAGGCACAGGUAGCUAAAUACUUGAAGUGGUGUAAUAUAAAGAAGAUCUCACCUUUGUAGAACUCACAGGGAUAAAAUUCCUCCACUGUUAAAUGCUGGCAGUAGCAUUCAAUGCAUUUCUGCCCCCUUUGGCAAUUUAACAGUUAAUAUAUGCUAUGCACUUGCAAAUGCUAAGCAGCUUACAGCUGUAGGCAAGGUUUCAGCCACAGUGCAUUCUGUUCCCCAUGGCAGUGGUUUCGGUAUCCCACCACAAAGUUGUGUUUAAGUGACAGCAUCCUUGCCUGUUUCACAAGCGGACUGCUCACCUCUUAAAAUAUAGGUGAUUUAAAAGUUCAAUCCUCAAGUUCAAAAUAACUUCUCGUGUGCUCCACCAGAGAGAGAAGCCUUUAAAAAAUAAAAACAUCAUGGAAUUCCUUAGCUGAGACAGAGCCUUGAUUGAGUGUGUCUGCAAUCUUAGUCCAGUAUCUCCCAUUCAUAAAACUGAAAUGUCUGUGCCUCGCGCAAGUUAAGUUGAGAAGUUAGCUGCUAAAAAAAAGUAUAGAAGUUUAAGCUGUCAAACCUCAGGCUGGCUUCUGAUCUGCUAUCACCAAAUUUAAAAAUAACCAUUUGGUCAAAAAAAAGCAUUUUAUCUCAUCACUGAGCCAGUUUGAAAAGAAUGCCAUUGUUUAGUGCUGCGUAUCGUAGUCUAAGUAUGUGCGGGAAUGCUAAGCAAUUUUGUUUAAAGUGUGCUGCAGCAAUAUAAACAAUUAAGACAGCACUCAAAGUUUCCAUUCUUGAAAACCUGUUGACUCAGAUGUUCUGUCUGCAGAAUUGCCUUGCAGAAGUGUGCACAUUUUCAGUUCAGACAUUCUUACCAGAGGUUUUGCAGCUUCUGUGUAUACAAUGAAGCAUUUCGUUCUCUGCCCUUGCCAAUAAGCAUGUGUUAUCAGAGCUGCGAGGAUUUCACAUUGAUUGUAUCAGGGGUGGCCAAAAGGCAGAAGCACAGCUAUAGAACUACAACAACCAUGAUGCUUUGCUAGCCUUAAGGCUUUCUUUGCUCUUCUUAAGUCUGGUAAAGAAUCAUAGGAGUUGCAGUUCUAAAACACAUGAGGUUCAACCAUUUAGCUACCCCUGCAUCAAAAGCUUCUCUGCAGAGGCAGACAUCAAAAAAGUACAAGGGUAAAAGGGAAGGAGUAGGACUCUCGCUGAAAGUAGUUUGCAAAGUCACAUUCACAAGAGAAAGAGUUAAAUGUUAUGAGAGAUAUGCAGAUUUCCCUGCUUGUAAUAAUCAGCUGCCUUGUCAAAAUAAUCUUCAUUGGCACUCUGCACGAUCUUCCUGCAUGAGAUAAAUAUAGGUACAAUCCUUAUGGCUCGAGUAUAAUAAAGCCAAUAUCUAAAGUGCACGGCAAUUUUCCUCUUCAUUUAUGUGCACAAUUCUUGGUUACCGUUUCCUGGGAAUCUGUACAGUUCACUCGAUGCAAUGAACUUACAAUAUUUACCUACAGUGCAGAAUGAAGCAGCUGCACUGCAAUAAAUGUCCAGGAAGUCAUGCUUUUUACAGUUAGAUUCUAACCUAACAAUCCAUUUCAGAAGACAGAAAGCACUCAGAAUUCCAAAAGUUUUAGAAACUCAGACCAGCUGUACUGGGCUAUGCUGUAGAUUCUAUUUGCUUAGAAAAAAAAAAAUCUAUUAAUUUCAUAACUCACUGUGUAAUGUCCAUUAUUGAUUCUUUUUCCAUGGUUGGUUCAUAAUGUCAGGCUUUCAGUAAAUUCUCUUAAUUCACUGGGUCAUUCUACAACCUCACAAGAGCUUUGUCAGUUCUAUGUUCUAAUUUUGUUUGCUUAUAAUAUCCCAAAAAUGUAAAAAACAAAAAAAAAAAGGCUUUCUGUUGACGUACACUGCUAACCAGUUUCUCUGUUGGAAAAAAAAAUGUAGCAAACUCUUGAAAAAGUCAUAUCAGGACAGGUGAAUUCACCACGACUAAUGUAUUCCUCAGAUAUUCCACUAGACCGACUUUCAUAAAUUGAAGAUCAAUGUUGCUGUCAAGAGCUUAGAAAAUUAUUUACUGCUUCAUUGGUACCCAACGAACUAGCAAAAGAUUUUCUCCUUACAGCACACUCGCUGGCAGUCAAGAUCAGGUGCUUUUUACAGAAUGGCUUAAAACGAGAGGUAAUUUAGGGUCCAGAUUGUUCACCGUGGGUGACAGUCAAUCCAAAAUUAGUUUUGGCUUAUUGUGAUGUCUUGUAAAGAGCUUUUGUACAGUGUUGUGUGUAUAUACAUAUCAAAUCAAUAGUUAAUAGUUGAGAAGCUUAAUAUUAUGCAAGUGGUCUAAUCUGUAGCAUAUUUUUGGAAGGCAAAAACACACAUUUGUCAUCUGGGCAUGCCAAAAACGCCCCUUUUCUGUAGUGCAACACAUUAGUCAGUUAGUUACUAACACCUAAUAUAAUGCCAAACUGAAUAUUAUUAAAUUGGCUAAUUACCAACUCAGUGACUCAACGCUGUUUCAGAUUACUGCCAUGGUAACAUAGCACCCUGGUCUUUUAUUUUAAUGUUUUAAACAUAUUAUUUGAGCAUAAAUGGGCAAUAGUUCUCAAAAUAAUCAUCCUUAAUGCAUUCAUUGGGUAAAGGGUCAAAUAGCUAUAAAUAUGUACUGCUAACCUGUCACAUAUUCUUAAUAAAAAAAUUCCAUAAAAUAUCCACUAGAGGGCAGUGGCCACCACAAUCUUCAUUUCACAUGUCGCUUUAUUCCCUAAGAUAUCAUAUGCAAAACCCAAACAGUAAAAUCUUAUUGGUUAUCUGCUGUCCUAUCUCACAUCAAGUAAUCUUGCAUGACAUUCACAUCACUAUUUCAUAUUAAUAAAAAUAACUAAUUAAAUAAAUAUGUAUAUGAAAUAAAUAUAUGUAUGUACACACUAUACCCUAUCUUUCUACAGUUGUAAUUUAACAUUAUCCUGUCUAGGAUCCUAUAAAUAGAAACAUGUUGACAGACUACACCUAAUGAGGCAUUUUACCACUUUGUGGUCUACACAAAUCACACAAAUCAAAAAAUGAAAAAGGUACUUUUUACGGGAACAUAAGCAAUAUUUAUGAAGUCUGUCGGCCUCUAUGGCUAUUUGGAUGAGUUCUUUAUAACUAGUGAAGGUAACAUUGACAUAUUUUAAAGUGGCAAAAUCACAGUGUAAAGCGGUUGCAUUGUACCAUCCAUAACAACUUUGCUAGUUUCCUGAAAAAUAUUCUAUUUAAAGUAAAAUACCUAAUAUGAAAUAAUAUUAAAAAUUGACUUUUAAAAAUAUGAGAUAUGACUGCUGUUGCAAGUCACUUUAAAAUGCUGGUUCUCUCUUGCAGAGCUUUCCAUCACACUGCAUAUAAUUUCAAUUUGUGUCAUUGACUUUCAAAUUCUCAAAUUAUAGGACUUUGCUUGCCAGAUUUAAAUAAAAUAUAAUAAACAAGUACAAGUGAACGUAUAUGCUUAUAUAGAAUUUGUGUGAACCAGUAGAGAAGGCCAUAUAUAUUUAUGGAGGAGUAACAUUAAAAUGUAGUCUUGUACAUACAUUCUACAAAGACUAUUCAAACUUUAGGACACUGUCCAGAAACUAAUUCAACAAAUGUUUAAUUAUUUCAGUUGACCUAUCCAAAUGUCAAAUCUGUCAUGAUAUAGUAAUAUUCACUUACCAACUUAGACCACAAUAUUAUGUCAACGAGUAGACCUUAAGUCAUUAAAAAUAGUCAAAUUACCUUUUGGAUAACCAAAAAAAACUAAAUUACCAGUACCUUUUCUGGCAAUUGAUUUACUUGGUGUUUUUAUACCGCUCAUGGUGUUAAUUUCAAAUACUCCAGUGCAAUGCAUCAGAAUACCUUUAGCUAAAAAGCGAGAGAAAACAUACACACAGAGAGAGUUUAUUUAUGGAUAAUUUAACUUUUGGUAUGUUUAUCAUCUUGGAGACUGCAUGACAUGCCAAGAUGUCUUUUUUAUAUAUAUAUAAAAAAAAAAAUCAUUACAGGAGUGAGACACACACAUUAUUUUAUACAAGCAAUGUGUAUUGAGUUAUAACACACUCAAAGAGACACUCAUAUUAUGCCAACAUUCAAGACAAGGUUCUGUUGUAUUGCUAGUGUUUUAUUUAAAGCUUUAUUUAGUUGGUCAGACUGUUAUUUACAUCAAUCAGGUUUUCUAAAGACUGUAAUUAUUCAACGCAUGCUGUUUCAAAGGAUCUUGGCUUGUUGUACAAAUAUUUGACCCUUUCUUGCAAAAUGUUUUCUUCUAUUCUUAUGGAAUGCAUGCCCCCUUUUUUAUAAAAAGUCAAAGGCUCAGUAUUUCUAUCAGUGAUAUGUGGCUAAUAAAACUGUAUCACUCAAUGUCACUGUGUUCCUUCAAUAUAGGACAAAAACUAGAAUUUAAAUUAUAACUGAGUAGUAUGCCCGGCUGUAUAAGACACCUGAAGUUGUACGGUAUACAAGUCAUUUGUGUAAAAUUAUUGUUUUGUAGAUCAACGAUAAGGGCACAGCAUCUUUGAAUAUAUAUGAUCCCAUGUAUUCUUCAGGCCCCAGUUUAGGUACAUUUAUGAUAUCAGUGUCUUUACAGCCAGCAAAUACUUGCUAGGAAACACCAUCUAUUUACCAAACCACAAACUUGGACAAGAGGAACUUUUUAUUGGAGACUUUUCCAUGUCUUUAAGUUUGCCCUGAAGAGCUUACAGUCUAUUUUCUAUGUUAACAUAGACACAAGCUCCCCCACAAGCUCCCCCUCAUCCUGCACCCCUCUGAGCCAGGGAAAAGAGUGACUUGUGAGCUCUUAAACAUUGGAUCUAUACUUCAUUUCAAGUUGUCUUAUAUGGUGUAACUUUAGAUGUAUGUCAGAAAGUAAAUGUUUAAAUCAAAUUGUUAAAACAAAUUAUGUCCAUUAACCCUAAUAUUUUAUGUUUUUGAUAAUGUAGUUACACAGACAAGAACCACCUUACUCAGUGCAGACCCUCUACCAUGAUAGGUUGGAUCCUUUUACAAAAUGUAAUAAAUCAAUAAGGAGAAUGUGUGCCUAAUCUUGAAUAGGAGAAGGAAACUAAAUGUGCUUUUACUGAUAAGUGCAAUGUAAAUAAACACCCCGAACACUUGUGCAGGCAACAUAACAUUACACUGGAGCAUCUAAUUGAUGGUUAGAUUAAUUAGCAGCCACUGAUAAAGAAUACUGAUUGUUAUUGCAACACAUAUCAUUAUGUUGAUAAUGAUUAAUGCAUUAGAUGCCACACCUUGGCACAAGAGAAAACAUCCACAUAUAUAAUGAGUACGCUCAGUCAAAAAUAAUUCUGCUACUUGCAUUUGGAAUCUUUGUUUAGAGCCUAGCAUUGCCUCAAACCUCUCAAAGUCAUGAAAACCAAAUAAAUAAUAUAAACCAAUUACAGAAAAAAGGUAAAAAAUAUAGAGUUAGUAAACGUAUUAUAGCGGGAGACUAAGGGCAGUAUUUUUUGGCCAUCCUUGAAAUUAGGUAUUUCAGUGCAUAAAAUCAAAGGAGUGCUGCACACAAGUAAGUUUACGUGUGGAUGGGAGUCCGCAGCUCACCAGAAACAACACAAAAAGUAGAGGUACACAGGUGUCACAUCGUAGGUUGAAAGUAAAUAAAUAUAUUUAUUGGAGAUCAAAAUGGACAAAAAUAGAUCCAAUGUUUCGGCCUAGAGGUCUUAGUCAUGCAUAGAGUUGAUAAAUGUCAAUUUUGAUCUGUAAUAAAUAUAUUUCUUUGCCUUCACCCUAGGAUGUGACACCUGUGGACCUCUUUUUUUUUAAUUAGGUAUUCUUCACUGCUCAGAGAUACUUCUUACAUUAUGUUGAUAGAUAAAAAAGGAGAUGAAGGGCUUGCUCAAACCAGCCUACAAAUUGUACCAAACAGAGAAAACAGUAAUGUACAAGCCCAAUACCAUGAGCGAGUGUUGCUUAUUACAACAUGCAAUGCCCACAAACAAUUAUAUGUUCUGCAGAUAAAUCCUUGACCCGGGCAAUAGCAGAUUAUCAGAUGCCAAUUGAAGUAUAGAAUUCCAAGCAAAGCCUAUCCUUCCCAAUGCCUUCAUACCAAUAAAGGGCGACCAUCAGUUUUGAUUUUGGAGGAAGCACCUUUAUCACGUCUACUUUUCCAAAAACAUUGUCAGGCAUUAAUUUUCUAUGAAACACUUCUAUAUUUAGGCAAAAUAUAGAGGUGACAUUUCCAGAUUACAUAACCUCCGAGCAGUCCUUAACAAGGGUAUAAAGCCAGAUUCUAAAUAGUUGCAUUUAGUAAAUUAAAAAUGACCACUGGACUUUUCUCUUGUUGAUAAUAUGGUUUGAUAUGCAACCAAUAAAAUGCAAGCAGGUGAUAAAGUAGCUUACAUAUAAUAAUACAUCAACUGGCCAUCGUCCUGGCAGACAACUCAAAGAGCAAUAGUAUAUCCAGACUUGGCACCCUCUUUCUACCCGUAAUUCAGUUAUACAUCAAGAAAGCCACUCCGGUAUACCUACAAGUCGCUGAAAGCAUACUAUCAGCAAACAAACCAAAGACAACGUGUUCCUAAAUUUGGCUGUUAAGCAGCCUCCUGAUGCUUUAAAUCAAAACAAACAGACAACAAAACAAAACAAAAAAAAAAUGAAUUUUAUGAGUGGGAACAGAAACCCUUGAUGUUUAGGAGGCUCCCCACCCGAGUUAUGCCAUUCAAAUCUAAGAUGCCACAUAGGAUUUCUGUCUGGAUUUUAACUUUUUUUUUUUUUUUACCUUUGGCCUGCUGGUAGUUUGUGCAGCAAAUCAAUCUAAUUACUUAUUUUGGGAAUAGUUAAAGUAUUUUCUGCCAAAUUUAGUAAUACUUAUUUUUUUUUCUUCCAGUUGGCUUAUAGUAAAAAUUAGAAUUUCAACCUUAGUGAAAGAAUUGAAUUAACUCAAUAUUUGUAUAUUAUCACAUAUUCUAUUGUACAGCCUAGCUAUCUUACUGGUUAAGUUUCACAUACAUUUACUAAAAAGAUAAAACAGUAUAAAUACAAAUCAUUUUAUGAUACAGCGGAUGAACAUAUUAAACACUUUACAUGCCGAUAAAACUUUAAAAUAAACAACACAAACAAUGACAAUAUACUUUUUCAAACUUAGAACAAAUUAUUAGGACCUUUGUACAUUACACCUUAACCUAACACAACCAUUUAUCAUUGACUAACCUGUUGCCAAAAAACCUGUAUUCUAGUUCACUAAAAUGAUUUUAAAAAAAAUGUUUCAUCACUUAUAUAAACUGGCAUACAAGUAUUGAUGCAAGAGGGUGGAAUGCAAACUAGAGAGAAGGUCAUGAAUACAAUAACUCCAAGUGUACAGCUAUUUAUUUAGCAAUUCUUAAAAUAUGUGCUAAAUGGUGAAUUAAAGCUGAAAACAGAUAUGUGUUGUUGAUGAUGUUGUUUGCAAACUAUGCUCCAUUUUAACUCAGAUAUUUGGGUAUUUGUGCCUUGUAAGUCAAUAACAAAAUAGCCACGACAUUGAUUCAAGCAAAUAUCACACAAGCCUACUCAAACACAUGUGCUCGAUACACUAAAAUUAAAUUAACCCCUUCACUUCCAAGCGGUGUUUUGUUAAAACAGUAGUAUUUAUUUGGAAUAAUAAAGGCAUAUAUUGGUCAAAAUAAAAAAAUCUAGGCUUACACAGCAAUUUGUUAAUAUAGACUGCUGUUCAGGAGAUAAACAUUAAAUCAAUUAAACUGCUGAACUACUAAAAUUUACUUGUAUGUUUAAUAUUUGGGUUGAUAAAAAUUUUGUAUAUACAGUAUAGUAUCCAUUAUUGGAUGUAUUAGUAGCAGAAACAUGCUUGGUAGCAAAAUGGAUAGAUGCAACAAGAUAAAUAUCUAGUUUGGGGGUCUUUAGAAGGAACCUGUGGCAUUUUGGCAACAUAGCUUUGUCAGAAUUACACUAGUCUAUUGCUAUGUAUCUAUAUGUGUAAAUGAGGGUACAUAUAGCAAACAUUUGGAUAAUGCAAGGCAUUGAUUGUUAUAACAAACUGUAAAGAAGUCAUAUGUGUGAUCAGAGCUCUAACUUCUUCAACUUUCAUUUAGAUUCUGAAAUGCAGCUUUGUAGUUUGACAUACAAAGCUUGCUGCAGAGUGUGGAAGAAGAGAGGGGGGUAACAUUUACAGCCCCUCUGCAGUGAUACUAAGGGACAUAAUCUUCCUGGCAGAGAAAGAUCUUUCAGUAGUGUGAAUAAAGAUACUGUACAAAUGGAAGCUGAAGUGGGCUUUAAGGCUAAGUUUUGUACUCACAUUGUUCUAAGAUAAGGGGUUACAAUUUGUUUACCAAAUAUCUGUCACAUACCUACCUUGCCAUUAUGGACAUGCAGUGCAUCUUCCAGUCCAGGUAGCUACUAUUUAUAUACCCUAUUUAUUUAGACUAACUUGAGACGUAGAUUAUGGGGUAAAGGCAUUUGUGCACAUUUUUUAUUGAAUUUUGCAAAAUAAUGCAAAUGGAAAGUUGACCCAUAAAGCCUCGAUUUGGUGUUUUUAAAUUGAAGUUAAGAUAUCCAGGAAAGACAUUUAUUUAGCAAAGCUGCAUUUUUUUCCCCCAACAAUGACUUUACAGCAACUGGAAUUGCAGACACCCCUUCCUCAUUCCAUACAGUGAACUAUUCAUGCAUUCUAACAUUGAGGGUGUGGAGUGAGAGACCACUCAAUACUAUUCAGCAGAUUUGCCACAGGGGAAAAAAGUAAACUGUAAAGAUCAUAGUUUCACGCUCCGAAAAUGUUACCUUCCAGUUAUAAUUUAAACACUUGUUAUAAAAUUAAAUAUUUCAUUUUCUCAUGAUCAAAUAACCCAGCAGAGCCUAUUACUCAUAUCGUUCUGUGCCAAGAACAUUGGGUCUUUAUCAAGGUAACGCCUCCACAUCAUGAUGUUCACGAUCAGUAUCAUUAUGCCAACAAAUAUAUGCAUAUGAGAAAACAUCCCAAAAUAUGCUGUUCUCUGACUAAAUCCAUUCCUCAGCAUAUUUACCACCACAGCACUAUAAUUAACACGUGUACAGCUUGUUAAAUUAGAAACACAACUGACAGCUUUUAAACAAUGACAACGCUUUAAAUAAACACUACCCAAACUUAGCUUAUUUAAAUCAUGUUUCUGGUACCUUUUAGCAGUGCAUUAAGCUCCUUUUAUAGCUAGAUAAGUACAGCUCCUGUUAAUGCAUAAUCACACAGAAGAAUAAAUGUGUCACGGCUACCCGGCUCGGGGCUGCACGUGGUCGCACCCGAUUGGUGCGACCACGCUGACAGGUUGGAGGAAUUGCCUGUUCAGCAAUGAGCUGGAAGUCGACCCACUGGGGCAUCUGUCCCCUCAACACGCGGGAUCCAAUAUGGCGCUGACCAUGAUUUUGCGGUCAUUUGUAGCUCCACCUCCAAAGGUGCAUUGACGCACACGCACGUUCUGGGGUCAGAGGCCAAGCUCUGACCAAUCACAGCCCAAGGAGGGAUAUUUAAACCUCUUAAUUUUCCUAGCUCAUUGCCCUGUCGUGGUUUCUGUUCCAGGUUCCCGAGAGUGCGUUUUCUUGUCCUUGUUAUUGAUAUUCUCAGUAUUCUGACUUUGGCUAUUCCUGACUUUUCUGAUCUCUGGUUUCCCUGACUUGGCUUUCUUAUCGAUCUUGUCCUCGGCUUUCCCUUGACCAUUCUCUGUCUUUCAACAUAUUAAUCCGGCCAUUCUAAGGACCGGUUUACAUCCUGUCUAUUUUUCUGUUCUGUAGUUUUACAUAGUUUUAUGGAUUGGAUCACAUUAGUAGUCGCGACAAAAUGUUGUUGCACACCAAAAACGCAUCUACAGGGUUAUUCAAACUUUAGAGUUUUCUCUCUUGACACAUUUAAAAGUAUGUAGCAGGGGUUCCCAAAUGGUAAACCAUAGGCUUUUAAUGAACUAUAUCUCCCAUAAUGUUCUGACAAGGUGUUGGGUGACUGGAUGUUAGGUCUAUUCAUUAAAGAAGGAAUUGCUGGGAAUUGAAAAAGAAUAUUUCAAAAUGGAAGGCCAAAAUAAAUAAACUGGAAAAAAUGCCUAAAUCAACUAUGCUUCCAGUUUCUCAACUUUGGCCUUCAUUUUUAAAAAUGAUUAAGAAUUCAAAUUACAUUAUCAACAAUUCCCGCUUUAGCGCCCUGAAUGAGUUAUAUUUGCGUGUCAUGUGACUUGUAGCUUUACAAUCCCUGGGCAACUAUCUUUUGGGCACUGAUAUAGACAUUUGUUAGUCUUUGGGGUCUAUUUAUUAAAUAGUAAUAUAUGAUGACUGGGUAACUAAACUAGCUAAGUUGGAGAAAAUAUCUAAUUCAGUUGAGUUAGAGUUUUUUUCCAAAUCUCCCAAUCUCCCAAGUCUGUUCUAAAGCCAUCACGGCUUGCUAUUUCAUAAAUAUACAUUAGUGCCACCUGUUUCACAAACAAUGUAUGACCAUAAUGCAUAUCCAUUUGUGUAUAAAAAGCAUUAGACAUUUGUAAGUAACCUGAGAUUUUGUACAGGACUAUCUUCCAAUGAUCUGAAUUAUCUAUAGUAUAUUAGCGUAUACAUACAAAAUGUUAUCCUAUGGACUUUGAUAAUGACAAUAACUCAGAAUGCUUGUUCAAGUGCAUAUCUGCUACUUUAUGUAAAACGUAUUUGAUGACAACAUACAAAUUUGAAUAAAGAGUUUCAAAAUAUAUCCAUUGACCACUAAUUUUACCAGAACACAACUAUGUACAGCAAAAUCUUUGAGUCACACCUUUUUGUAGUGAAUGACCAUUGGUUCCGUCUUGCAAAAUAUAAAGAAAAAAAUAAAAAAAUAAAUUGUGCUGAUGUUAUUAGGAACUUCAGGUUAAGUUCUGACAAUGUUUUGGCCAAGAGGCUUACUUAUUUCACAUAUUGGCUCAGUCUUCUCAUUGGCACCCCUAACAAUCCCAAAUCCAUUUUUGGCCAGUAAUAAAGGGUUUUGGAGUGGUACAGAAUUAAUUAACUGCUAAUCAUGAUCAAGAGGUCAGUUUACUUUUCAACAACGAUGUGAGAAUGACAGGCAACACCGAAAGACAAGCUCAUAAGUACAUUAUAAAUAAAACAUUAGCACAUCUGUGUUUUAAAAUAUAAUUUGUUUGCAUAGAAAUUGUAUCCAUGCUGGAGGUGUUAAACUAUUUCAAUCUAUCAACAUAAAUUCAUUAAUGUUUCAUGAAAGCUGUCUUCAUUUAAAUAAGACCAAUUAAAGAAUACAUUUCAUGGUUAUAUUAAGGAAAAUAAUCAGUUCUAAUUUCACAGUCCAGCACAGAAAUCUUUACAUUAAUUAUUGCAAUUUUAGUGCAAGUCCAUGUUUGACCUAUUUGGGGAGCAAGGAUACAUAUUUUAGAAAAGGAUUCUUUUCUCUUAGACAGAGUUGUUCACUAAACAUUGCACUGUAGCAAACUUACAUUCAAAAUGACAAAGAUUAGGCAAAAAAAUGUUAUAGUUUAGCUAUUAUGUCCUUCAAUGGGAACUUUCAAAAUUAUGUUUUCUUAUUCCUGUAUUUAACAAAUAUAUAUUAGUGAGGUGUGAAAACACAAUUAAAUAUCAUUAAACUGCAACUUGGUGAGAAUUGUGAGAGAGUUCCCCUUAAAAGAUGUAAUUUGAAUUUUACUUAGCUGUAAUUGAAGGUGUAGUGAAUAGUCACAAAACAUGGAUUUAGCUAACUAAAAAUAAAUAGCACUUUUAAGGGAUGUUUUCUACAGCCAAAUGUGUUGCCUAGAAAAUGCUUGCGUUAGAUUUCAUUUUUUAACAUUAUAGUUUGCUAUAUCUUCUUACAUGAACUUUCUCUUCUAUACUACCCAUAUUUAAACAAUGUUUGUGUAUAGUCUGGUUAGUGUCUUGCAACAUUUGACUACUGAUAAAAUGGAAGCCUGUACCUAGGGCAUCUAAAGCCAAAAGGUACAAAAUGUAUAUACCCCAGAUUGCAAUAUAAAACAUAUCUCAAAUUCUCAUUAACGAUUUAACAUAAAUGAAAAAUGGUAAUAGAUUCAUUGUAAAUAAUAAUUUUUAAAAAAGCUCCACCCGUCAAAGGAUAGUUUUGCAAAUUUGUAACAAAAAGGGGUAUGCAGAAAUAUACAGACCUUCUGUCACUUUAUGCAAAAAUUAUAUAUCACUAUAUUUUAGAAGAAUAUCCGAAAAUUAAAGUUAAGGGUAAAGUGUAUCUGAUUUUAUAUUAAAGGUAAAAUAUUUGAUUCAGCUUGACAUGAUAUGUGAUAAAUGGAAAAUAUUAUUUACCUUCUUUUAAAAUACUGUAUGUACCACUGACAACUUAUUUAGGACAUAAUUGUAAAUCAUAGUAUAGAAUACAAUUUUAUUAAUAUUUCUUUUUCACCUUUUUAUCUGUCAAUAUUUAGGUCCCUCCAAGAAAGUACUUCAUUUUGAAUUUUCCAAAGAAGGAAGUGAUUUGAUGAUUGUCGAGAAAGCAGAAUUGUGGCUUUUCGUGAAAAUAGCAAAAAACAACAGAAGUCGAGUAAAACUGACCAUUCGACUGUAUCAGCAGCAGAGAGGUCAGAAAGACAAAGGGUCGGAGGGCAAUAAAAAUGAACAACUUAUUACAGAAAAGGUAAUAGAUACAAAAAAAGGUGUUUGGCAUACAUUCCCAGUAUCUGGCGCUAUACAACGUCUGCUGAAUCAUGGAAAGUCAUCUAUGGACAUCAGAAUAUCAUGUGAUCAAUGUCAAGAAGCAGGGGCAACUCCGGUCUUGUUUGGCAAAAGGAAGAAAAAGGAUGAUGAAGAAUCAGCUACAAAUGGUGGUGAAGAGGAAAGAGAACAGUCACAUAGGCCUUUUCUGAUGAUUGUAGCUCGACAAGCAGAGGAGCAUCCUCACAGAAGGAAGAAACGUGGCUUGGAAUGUGACGGCAAAGUGAGCAACUGCUGCAAAAAGCAAUUCUAUGUCAGCUUCAAAGACAUUGGUUGGAGCGACUGGAUCAUAGCACCUCCAGGCUACCAUGCAAAUUACUGUGAGGGGGAUUGUCCAAGUCACAUUGCAGGGACCUCUGGUUCUUCUCUCUCCUUUCACUCAACAGUUAUAAAUCAGUACAGAAUGAGGGGCCACAGUCCCUUCACUAGCAUCAAAUCCUGCUGUGUCCCAUCUAAGCUGAGAGCUAUGUCUAUGUUGUACUAUGAUGAUGGACAUAACAUCAUAAAAAAGGAUAUCCAGAACAUGAUUGUGGAGGAAUGUGGUUGCUCAUAAAACAUACAAAGAAUAUAUAUAAAUUCAUAUUCAGACUACACUAAUGGACUCAAAAGAAGUGCAAAAGACUUGCAACUCAGCAGAAAUCUUAAGGCUGAUUUAAUGGGACAAAAAGUAGAUACAAAGGAAGAGAAGGUUCUAAAUCUGCUGCAAUAGUUUGCUAAAAGAGGCUGCCCAAUCCCUUAUAGUUGAGAAUGUCCAUUAACAGGGUCAAGAGCACAGUCUGUGUAUCUAUAUAUACACAAAAUGUGUAUAUUUAAUGGCUUGUAUUUUAUACAUCCAUGUAUGCAAAUGUGUAUAACUAGAUAUUGUCAGGCCUAUAAGACAUUGAUAGAAUGCCUAUUUUCUGUAAGCAGAUCCUAAUUUAGAAGAAUCUAUAUAUUGCGCAGGUGAUCUCACCUUCUUCCUCUGCACUAUUAACCCAAAAAAAAAAGAAAAAGAAAAAAAAAAGAAAGAGAGAAUACAAAGUUAAAUUUCACUAAGGUGCUUAAGAUCUUAGAACUAUGCAACUUAAUGGGUUUGAAAACUGUUUACCUGAGACAGAGAUGAAAGACUUUUCAGUGGAAGUAACAUGUUUAAUAUUUUUGUUCUUUCAUGAGAGAUACUUGAAAGGAACAUGUUGGUCCAGAUGCUGGAACCAAACAUUUCUAUAUUUUGUAAAAAACAAAAAACAAAAAAAAACUAAACAAACAACAAAAAAAAAACAAAAAAAGAAAGAGAAAAAGGCAAAAAAUGUAUUGUUUCUUUUUUAUUUGCACUACAACAGUAUUUGACCUGUCUAAUCCUUAUUUAACAAGUAUUUUCAAGAGAGGUUUUAAGAGCUGCACUUAACAUGAGCUAUAUCAGAACUGCUAAAACACACAUCAAAAAUAGCUAUUUUUAUGACUAUUUUUCAUUAUUUUUUCUACCUUAAAUGAGACACCAAAGACAUGUGUGUGAAGAUUUAACAGUCUGCCUGUGGUUAAUAAUCAAUGGAAAGUAAACGAUUUAAAGGAUCAACUUCAUAAGAAAAUGUUUUGAAGCCAAAAGUGUAUAUUUUAUCCGCAUUCAUUUUUGGGUAAUUGGGCUGCUUUUUAGCAGUUUAUUAUUAUUAUUAUAAUUAUUAUUAUUAUUAUUUUUCUUUCAAGAAAAAAGGCACUUCAGCAACUUAUCUCAACGGCAUUGUUUUAUUCAUUGGUUGCCCAUCCUUCUUACUGGUUAAAUUUUUUUUUUAUAUAAAAUAAAAAAAAUAUGUUUUGGCUUUUAACUAAUCAGCACAAAAUUAUAUUGUUUUGUUAUACAUGCAAGCUCAAUACUGCACAGGAUUUAAUUCCAAUUUUUUUUUUACAACUCAUAGUUUAUAUAAUUCCCAUCAUGGUCUGUUUUCAGUCUGAUUUACUAGACCGUGCAAACUUUUCAUUUAAAUUACCCAAUCCUGGCCUAAAGCAAGCAAGGUUUAUUUUUAGAAAUAAUAAUUAAAAAAAAAACAGUCAAAAGUUAAUCAGUGAUAUGUCGAUUUUAUGUCAAAAUGAAGGGAAAGGUAGUUUUCUCUGUAUUUCAAUUAUAAUAUGUACAAUUUUCUAAUUUAUUCCACAGUAUUUAGCUUGCAUUGUAAAUCAACUUUUGUUUCUGUUUACUUUCUUUUUACACAAAUACAAUUUUUCUGACCUUUUUGCAGUUUGCAAAAAAAAAAAAAAAAUAUUUAAAAGAGAAAAAUUACAGGAAACAAGGAGACAGAAAAUAUCAAACAACUUUUACACUGUUGUAUAUAAUACAAAUAGCUAUCAGUUAGGAAUUUUUCAAUAAUAAAAAGCAGGUUUGUUUUUAUAAAAAAAAACAGCUAGGUAAGAAGUAAAAAGUAUAACAUAGAAUGCCAAUAAAAAAUUUGUUUCUUGAAAGCAGUUUGCGAUGGUGACUUUACGCACCAGCACUGCAUAGUAUUUUCUAAAUUUUAAUUUUUUUAAAUGUCGAUAUUCAUAAAGGAUUUCUGUAUUUUUUUAAUACUUCCAAAAAUUCUAGAAUUACUACUAUGCACCCAUAAUUAUAUUUUCUUUUGUAAUUUUACUAAGAUAUAUAGCAUAUAACACUAGACAGGAUGGCAAUAGCCUCCAUGUUGUCUUUUAUAAAAUGUAGUAGAUUUUUUCCUAUAUUACAACAUUUUCACUGCAAAAAUAAAAGACACAGAAUUAUAUCACAUUCAUAGAUGUUCUGCAAAAUCUCAGACAUAACUAAUACGAUGGUAGAUUGUUUUGUUAGACACCUCAACUUGAGUUUAGUUAUCAAUAUUCUAUAAUAAACAUUUUAGAAAACUAUACAACACACAUUAUAGAUAAGAUAUAGUCACCUCUGUGUCAUUUUAUCCAAAUGCAGUUAUCCCAAUAUAGGACAUUUUAAUAAACAAAAACACAGUUGUCCGACAAAACAAACACAUUGUUUUGUAUAGACAAGUGAUGGUGUUGUGGCAUAAUUUGAUCUCUGUCUUGUUUACCCAUGUCUGUAUUUUUGGGGAUUAUGGUUAUCUGAGACAUUUUAAGUAAUGUUUUAGGCCUGUGAAUAUGAAAAUGUUCUACAGAACUUGUUUCCACCCCCACAACUUCCUAACAUUACAUGAUAGUGUUAUAUUUUCUUGUCGAAAACCUGUCUCAUUAUGCCCUCUGAUUUCAAAGUUACCUUGUUUCAACUGGGUGGUAAUAAGAUUUACAAAUGCUUCAUAACCACUUGCCUUUGCCAGACAUACUUUACUUUGGUAUGAUCUUACUGCUCAUGGCAAUCAAUACAUUAAGCCAAUUUAAAUACAUGUAGACAAUUUGAAAGACACAAAAGUAUAACAACAAGCAAACAACGUAAAACAAGUGAAUAAUUUUAAGUGGAAAUUUCUAAAAGAAGAAACCAAAGAAAGAAAAUGAAAUAGUUAUAAAGGAAACAUUUAUGUAAAAGGAAAAGGUAGUUGUGAAUUGUAGCAGGCAUGCUCCAUUCAUAAAAUAGCUUAUGGUGGGACUGUUUUUAUUAUGGGCUUUGCUCAUGACAUAUCCAUUGAUGGUUAAUUUAUGUAGAAAGCAGAGGAAAUAGAAAAUCUGCAUGAUAAGAUGAGAGAAAAAUGGGAUGUUAAUCAAGGCUGACCACUGCUGAACAGCAUAAAGGACAAUUUAGUUUAAUGAAAUCUACAUGUCUACAAAUAGCAAUUGAAAUUGCUACCACAUUUAACUAGUCUUGUAGAGUCCUCCUACACUGAAAACAACCAUCCCUUUUAGGUAGCUGCGCAAAAAAACUAAUUACAUCUAAAUGUUACCACAUUUCUCUGAAGUUUCGAAGUCUCUUAUUCCUUAUCCCUAAAUGAGCUUUUCAUAAUGUUUCUUUUUAGAAAGUACCUUUUUAGCAUACAUUUUCAGCAAACAUUAACCCCUUAAGGACACAUGACAUGUGUGACAUAUCAUGCUUCCCUUUUAUUCCAGAAGUUUGGUCCUUAAGGGGUUGAACAACUGUUUUCCUAAAAGUCACUUUCAUUUUUUUUUUCUGAACAAGUCAUUUUUAGAAACAUGUAUUAAACAAUCAUGAAAAACACAUAAUAUUAAAAAAAAAAAAAAAACAUACUAGAGAUGACAAAAAGAACAUUCUAUAAAUUGUGUCUUCUAUGAAAAUACAACAAAUUUCUUAUUGGAUGAAUUUAUGUUGAGAGAUGUGUUUUCAGAGAAAUCAUUUAUAAAAUUAUUUUAUAAAUAAUAAUAAUAAUAGUAUUAAUUAUUUAAAAUAAUAAUUUUUGACCCCAUAUAUAUUGCUCAUCACAAAUUCAGCUCACCUGUUCCCAACUAAUACCUUCAACUUAAAUCACUUACUUGUGGAUUCUACUAAUGGUUUAAUUAAUGGUUCGCCACUUAAAAUCCUGACGCAAAUAAAAUUAUUUAAGGACACUACAAUUCCUAAAGUAUACAAUACUAUACCAUAAAGGAGAUUUGUUAUAUUCAAUGCUCACUAUAAACUGUAUCGUGAUGCAAGAGAAGUACAGGCCUCUAUAUUAGAGAAGAGAGUUUGGUUCUGACCAUGUUAUAAUGUUGGCAAUAAAACUAAUGUCAAGUUACAGAAAGAUAAUUUAUUCUUUUAGGUUGCUCUAUCUAAAAAUGUAUUUAUUUUGUAUGAUAAAAAAAAACAUAUUGGUAUUUCCCUAAAUAGUUUCCUACAUCUUUACAAUUUUAGCUCUGAUGACCAAGUUAUUAUAACAAAACUAUUUUAUUUACAUUCCACAUUUCCAUUUUUUGUAAUUGCUUUAACCAAUGUCCAUUCUGCUAUAUGUAAUUAAAGUUGUUAAUUUAUAUGAGAACAUUUUCAUCUAUGUCAAUGAUUUCUUAAUAUUUAUUAUGUAAAAGGACUGGUAUUUUGUUUUUAUUUACGGUUUGUUAAAAGAGAUAUGUUUGCAUUUGUUUAUGGUAGAAAUUAUUUAUUUGGACAGCAUUCCAUUCAAUAUGAUUUAUAUGUGGAAGGUAUGCUAGCUGUACAUUUUAGUGAAAAAAUACUCAGCAGCUCCUAGAUUUUAGGAUUUAUGAUUUGUUUUAAAUACAUCUGUAUGGAAUGUUUUUUUUUCUCUUCCUUUUUUAAAAAAAAAAUCUGAAAGCUGUACAAAGCACGCAGGUGUGUACUUUGAUGCUUAACCCCUUAAGGAAACAUGACAUAUCUGACAUGUCAUAAUUCCCUUUUAUUCCAGAAGUUUGGUCCUUAUGGGGUUAAAUGACUGCAGUAUACUAUCAAAGGAAGACAAAAAAAAAUCAAGGAAGACUCCUAAGAUGAUAUUAUUAUUAUUUUUUAUACUCUUGCAAGAUGUUCGGGUUAGAUUUGUUGUUUUUUUUUCCCCUCGAUCUAUUGUUAUCUUGCCCUUUGAAAAACAACAAAAUGAAACAACUUAAGUGAACUAAAUAAAGGGAGUUUCACUGAGAAACA